GACAUUUAUAGAACAAAACGUAUUUUGCUUAGUCACGCGUAUAGGCCGCUGAAAUUUGUUUAAAUCGCAGAUCUUUAUGAUUAUGUUUUCAUUUAAUAAACGUAAUCCUUCUAAAUCACAUUUUACGAUAUUCUGCUAAUAAAAAAAUCUCAUUGUUAGAUCAUUGCAUUUCUGUCUCAUUUAUUAAACAACAAUGAGCUUAGUGAAUGCUUGCUAGCCAUGGUGAAAAUUUUCGUUGUAUUGCUACUAAUUUUCGAAAUACGACAUUCAGAAGCCGAAAAUUCCUCCACAUGUUCUCUUACAUCGUUUCCUGCAGAUUUUAAAUUUGCCACCGCAUCCUCUGCUUACCAGGUGGAAGGUGGUUACUUGGAUGAUGGAAAAGGGCGUAAUUGGUGGGACUGGUUUGCCAACAUUUACCUAAAGGCAAAUGGAAACAACGCCAGCAAUUCCUAUCAUAAAUAUCUGGAUGAUGUGAAUGCGUUAAAGGAUAUUGGAGUGGACUAUUACAGGUUUUCUUUGUCUUGGACCAGAAUAUUGCCCAAGGGAUUUCGAUAUGAAGUCAAUGAGGCCGGAGUGGAAUAUUACAAUAAUCUCAUCAAUGCCCUAUUGGAAGCCGGAAUUGAGCCCUUGGUGACAAUUUUUCACUGGGACACGCCCUACACAUUCAGUUAUGUUGGAGAGUGGGCUAAUCCCAAAAUAGUGGACUACUUUGUCGAUUUUGCUGAUUUGGCUUUCGAAUUGUUUGGAGACAGGGUGAAACUUUGGGCUACAAUUAAUGAACCGAGAACGUUUUGCCAGGAUGUUCCCAAUACAAUAACAGAAUAUUUUUUCACUGAACUUCCACUGGGAAUCUACGAAUAUCUUUGUGGUCAUCACGUGCUACUGGCUCAUGCCAAAACUUACCGACUGUAUGAAAGUAAAUACCAGAAAAUGCAAAAUGGAAAGAUAGGGAUUGUGCUAAAUUUGGACGAAAAUGUGCCAUACUCCAAUUCUACGGAGGAUGAUGAGGCUGCCGAAAGAGCGAAUUUAUUCGAUUUAGGCUGGUUAGCUAAUCCCAUUGUAUACGGCGAUUACCCCCAAGACCUCAAGAACCUUUUAGCUAAUAAAAGCGCAGCUCAAAAUUUCUCAAGCUCGAGAUUACCGAAGUUCUCCUGCUUGGAACGUCGCAUUUUAAAGGGCACAUUCGACCUGUUUUUUCUGAAUCAUUAUUCCGUUAAUCAUGUCACUCCUGCCCCGUACACCAAUGAACUAUCUUGGGAGAAUGAUCGACAAGUAACCCGUAUGGAAAAUAUCGACCUACCGCAGAGUAAUAUCGGAUUUGUGCUGCAUGCACCAGCAUUGAGAAGCGUGCUGAAGCAUAUUAAGGACACUUAUGGCGACCCAGAGAUUUUUAUUACGGAAAAUGGAUAUUCUAGUGAUGGAAAUUUGACCGAUUGGGAUCGGAUCCAGUUUAUCCAGGACUCUUUGGAGCAGGUGCGACUUUCCAUGUGUGCAGAUGGGGUUAAUGUUGUAGGCUACACUUACUGGAGUUUGCUGGAUUCGUUCGAAUGGAACAGCUACUAUAAGGCAAAGUUUGGGCUGGUUCAUGUCGACUUCGACAGCAGCAACUUCACAAGAACGCUAAGGGAUUCAGCUUAUUAUUAUCGAAAUCUCAUCCAAACUCGCUUGAUUAAUGCCACUGUUGGCUGAAUUUUUAGGUGUUUUGAAGAAAAUCUAUUAGAUGGGAAACGGGGCCUCAUUUGCA